UUUUUCUCUCUCUUUGUGAGUUAAUUUAUCUUCUCAUUCUGAUAUCAACUGAUUUUCAUUCAUUUGUGACCCUGUUAUUGAUAUAAUGAUGUCUUCACCAAGUCCAGGCAAAAGAAGAAUGGACACUGAUGUCCUUAAAUUAAUUGAAUCUAAACAUGUAGUUACCAUCCUUGGUGGAUUAAAUGAAUUUUGUGUUAAAUUCUACGGACCCAAAGGAACUCCAUAUGAAGGAGGUGUUUGGAAAGUUCGUGUUGAUUUACCGGAAAAGUAUCCAUUUAAAUCACCAUCCAUUGGAUUUAUGAACAAAAUAUAUCACCCUAACAUCGAUGAGGUCUCUGGUACCGUUUGUUUGGACGUAAUUAACCAGGCCUGGACAGCUCUUUACGAUCUCUCCAAUAUCUUUGAAUCAUUUUUACCACAAUUACUUACCUAUCCCAAUCCAAUUGAUCCACUGAACGGAGAUGCUGCAGCUUUAUACCUCCAUAAACCAGAGGAAUACAUUAGGAAAGUUGCAGAUUAUGUUAAAAAAUACGCAACCGAAGAAGCGUUGAAAGAACAACAAGACAAAGAAUCAUCGUCAGAGGAAAGUUCGAUGAGCGAUUUCUCUGAUGACGAAACAAAAGAUAUGGAAUUAUAACUUGAAGCCUUUAGUUUUUUUCUUCUUUCAUCAUCUUUCAUCUUCUUCUCUCUUUUCUUUAUAUAUUAUAUCAUCAUCUCUACAAAAUCAACAUUUUAUCAAUUUUCUCUCUCUCUCUCUCUCGAUUUACCUGAAAAAACAAACAAAACAAAACAAGAAAACAAUUGAAAAAAAACAAAAUCAAAUCAACAUAAACACAAACUUAUAUGAUAACAUUACAUAAACAAAAUGCAUACAUAAAAACACAUUCACCUUAAACAUACACACAAAUACACAUACACACCUAACACCAAAUAUUACAUCUUUUACCAUGAUUACCAUCAUCAGAAUCAUUUUGAAUUAAUUAUUGUAUUAAUUUUACCAACAAGAAGUUUUCAUUUGAUUAUGAUGAUUAAAAGAAAAACAUUAAUGAGUGA